UAACAAACAAAUAUUCCUCUUCUCUUCAACAAAAAUCAGGGGACCAUGGAUUACUACUCAAGCAUAGCAGAUCUCCGACGGAUCUUCGUCCGUUUCGACUCCAACGGUGAUGGCAAGGUCUCUUCGACUGAGCUCCGGCUCUUCAUGUGGAGCGUAGGAGAGGAGCUUAUCCCUGAGGAUGCUGCCUCUGUAAUCCAAUCCAUUGACUUAAAUGGUGAUGGGCUAUUGGAUUUUGAUGAGUUCGUUAGGUUGAUAAGUGGAAAAGGAGAUAAAGAAGAAGAGGAGAGAGAGUUGAGAGAAGCAUUUGGGAUGUAUCUAAUGGAGGGUGAGAGGUUUAUUACGGCUAAGAGCUUGAAGAGGAUGCUUAGUUUGUUGGGUAAUUCUAGAAGUUUUGAGGAGUGUAAGGUUAUGAUUAAGAGGUUCGAUGCUAAUCAAGAUGGUGUUAUUAGUUUUGAUGAGUUCAAGACUAUGAUGCUUUGAGCUUAAUUGAUCGAACUUUCUUUUUUCCAUUGAUCUAUUAGUGCAAAGUAUGUAUUAGUUAGUUGAUUGUAUAUGGUUUUGUCGACUUGUAAGUAGUUUAUGAGUUGUGUUUUUAGUGUGAAAGAAUUGAAUGUGAAAGGGAAAUAUUGGGUUAAUUAUUUUAGAGUAAAGAA